AGCUCUCUAACACAUGAAAGCCAAGAUCUAUCCAAGAAAUUCAGAAGGUCUGCUUGGAUAAGAACAACCGGAUCAGGGCCUCCCAGCUGGGGAAGUCACCGAUGGACUGYGGACACUUGGCUGCGAGCAGCAAGGAGAGCUCGAGCCCCGGCCUGGCGCCCGGCUCCCCGGCGCCCGCUGCGGCCGGCAGCGGGUCCGUGGCGGCGCCGCGGGCCGGAGCAGCGGCGGGGAGGCCGGCAGCGGCCAACGCGGCCCGGGAGCGCAGCCGCGUGCAGACGCUGCGCCAUGCCUUCCUGGAGCUGCAGAGGACCCUGCCCGCCGUGCCGCCCGACACCAAGCUCUCCAAGCUGGAUGUGCUGCUCCUGGCCACCACCUACAUCGCGCACCUCACCCGCAGCCUUCAGGAUGAGGAAGAGGCGCCAGGGGAGGCCUUGGGCCCCCUCCGAGGGGAUGGGUACCUGCACCCUGUCAAGAAAUGGCCAAUGCGAUCCAGGUUAUACAUAGGAGCUACGGGACAGUUUCUGAAUCACUCAGCACAAGGAGAAAGUGCAAGCCAAGGAGAAACAUCAACAAGUUCACAAAUCUAACCUCUUUUUUCUUUAUAUAUAUAAAA